AUGAAGCCAAGUCCCAAUCAAACAAUGAAGCCAAGUUCCAGCAGCUGUCUUUUCUUCUUCCUCUGUUUAUUACAAUGCGAAGCUUCUGGUAUAGUGCGGCAGGGAGAUGCACUGAACAAGUUCUACUUUAACAAUAGAGCAGGGAGGUCUUCUUCUUCAUGGGCUAGUAGUCUCCAUUCGGUAUCUGAUUUGGAGUCGAAAGUCUAUGACAAUAGCGGGCUGAAGGAGGAUGACAAGGUCGUUGGGCUGCCCGGCCAGCCGGACGACGUGCAUUUCAAUCAGUACGCAGGGUAUGUCACUGUCGACAGAGCCAACGGUCGGGCUCUAUUUUACUACUUUGCUGAGACUGUCGAGAAUAGUGGGUCGAAGCCUCUUGUUCUAUGGCUCAAUGGAGGACCGGGGUGUUCGUCGCUCGGCUACGGCGCCAUGGAGGAGCUCGGGCCGUUUCGGGUCAUGAGCGACGGCAAGUCUUUGUACAGGAAUCCGUACGCUUGGAACGAAGUGGCGAACGUCUUGUUCUUGGAGAGCCCCGCCGGCGUCGGCUUCUCUUACUCCAACACCACGUCGGACUACGCCAAGAGCGGCGACCGUAGAACGGCAAUCGAUGCACUGGUUUUCCUCGUCAACUGGUUCGAGCGGUUCCCGGAGUAUAAGGGGAGGGAUUUCUUCAUCACCGGCGAGAGCUACGCCGGGCACUACGUCCCUCAGCUCGCCCAUGCCAUACUCCAUCACAAUGAUCGUCUCAUCAACCUCAAAGGCAUUGCGAUCGGGAACGCGGUGAUCAACGACGAGACGGAUGCCAAGGGGUUGUUCGACUACUUCUGGACGCACGCGUUGAUCGCCGACGAGACCAUCGUCGCGAUCCACAAGUUCUGCAAUUUCUCGCCGGACACGCAGCAGCAGCCUCCGGAGUGCGACCGAGCGGUCGAGGAGGCGAACCAAGUCUUCAACGAAGUGGACAUCUACAACAUAUACGCGCCGCUGUGCUUCUCGUCGGGCGUGACGCCGACUCCAAAGUUGCCCUCGAUUGAGAAUUUUGAUCCUUGUACUUCUAAUUACGUGGAGGCAUAUCUUAACAAUCCUGAGGUGCAGAAAGCUCUACAUGCUAAUGUGACAAAGCUCAACUACACCUGGUCUGGUUGUAGCCAAGUUAUACGUAGUUGGUCAGAUCAGCCUUCCACAAUGUUGCCAAUUAUUCACGAAUUGUUGUCUAAUGGGAUUAGAGUUCUGAAGUACAGUGGUGACAUUGAUGGAAGAGUUCCGGUUACUUCCACAAGAUACUCCCUCAACAAGCUAAAGCUUAAAGUGAAGGCUUCAUGGAGAGCUUGGAUGCUUAACAGUGAGGUUGGGGGAUACACUAUGAUGUAUGAUCAUAAUUUGACAUUUGCCACUGUUCGAGGAGCCGGGCAUGAGGUUCCAAGUUAUCAGCCAGCUCGAGCUUUGGAGAUGAUCAAGAGUUUUCUUCAAGAGUCAGGGUUUCAAUAGAGAACUAAUCCAUUUAUUGUUGUUGUUGUUGUCCAUUGUGAUCUCAAUAGUUGAAUAAAAUCUAAUCUAUGCUUUUUAAAAUAUUAUCUCUGGCUUAAGUUAAUCAUGAUUUGACGUCAA